AUGUUUUCACUGGAUUACCUCCGCCGUUGUCCAUCGCACGUUACCUCGACCGAGGACACCAAACUGAGGUACCUGCUCAGCUACGCCAUACACCUGAGUCCUGGAAAGCGCCACCGUGGCUGGCGCCCCGACUCGGCGCCAGUCGAUGUGACGCGCCACCGCACCCUCGUGGCGAUUGCCGUCUGCCAAACCGUUGAUACCAUCAACCCCAACGAAGGGACGGAAGCCAUUAUCGGCGCGAUUCAAUUAUUUAAUGGGCCAGGACUUUAG